UCAGCCGAUAACUCAGCUCCUUUACCGGAGGUCGUGAACAGGUAACCGACGCAUCACGGCGCUGGGUUUAACGGAAGUCUGCUCGAAAACGCACGUUGAGCUUUACCUGGAGGAUAUAUUUUAACUUUUGACCCGCUGGAAGAUGCAGUUUGAGCUAAAUCAUACGUGAUACAGACUACCUUAAGGUUUGAAGGAAGAAAAAAAGGACAGAAGAGGAGGUACACAUUAGAUAAAGAAGAGGGUCUUCUAUACUGUUGAUGUCUUCUGUAUUGUUUGGGAAGAUAAAAGUGAAUACUGUAUUUGGUAUUCAAAUCGGUUUUGAGUAUUUAAAACGACGGAGGAAAGAACAAUGGAUUUGAGAUCUUCUGUUUUCCUUUACUGCCUUCAAGCUUUUUUGUGCAUAAAUGGAAAUUUUGGCACCUGAAAAGUAAAUUACAAAUAUGUAGAUUUAGUUACGUUAAUCUAGUUAUGAUGUAGUUCAGUUCGCUCAACAUCACGGGAAAACCACUAUGAAUCUGACCCCAGAUCAGCCACCAACCCUGCUCUACGAGGUUCCCAGAGCAUUGGACCUUCAGCGUGAACCCCAAAACAAAAACAGGUCGGCUCCAGCCAGCUUCUUCAACAGCACCUUCUUCUUCCAGGAUAAUGCAGCUUUAGAAUGGCAGCUGUUCCUCACCAUCCGAGAGCCUGGGACCAUUAUCUUGACUGUCCUAUACUCUAUAUCCUUCAUCGUGGGUUUUUUUGGCAACGUCAUGUCCCUCAAAGUCCUCCUGGGCCAGCAUGGAAGCAUGCGACUGUCUGGUGCUAGCGCCACACGCUGCCUGCUGAUAAACUUAGCGGUGUGCGACCUAGCAGUGGUUUGCGUGUGCAUGCCCGUCACCCUGGGCCACCGCAUCUAUACACCAUGGGUGUACGGUGACUUUUUGUGCCGGGCGGUGCCCUUCACCCAAGCGGUGUCUGUUUCCGCCAGUGUCCUAAGCAUCACGGUCAUCAGCAUCAGUCGGUACUAUGCAGUUCACUCACCGCUACAGUCCCGCGCCUACUUCACUCGUCGACGCAUCCUCGUCUCGGUGACAAUCGUGUGGCUCGUCUCCUCGGUGAUCUGCAUGCCAGUCGCAAUAGUCACCAGGCGUGAUGAAGUAGCUUUGAUCGAAGGACUGGCCAUCGUGUUGCCCGUCUGUGGAGAGGUUUGGCCUCAGCCGCGUUUGCGACAGGCGUACAACGUCCUGCUGUUCAGCGCCCUAUACUGUCUACCUGUUGGGUUUAAUCUCACUUUAGCCUUCCUCACAUGUCGCCGGCUGCGUAGCACUGGUUCUGAGGGUCGCUUCACAGAGUUGGAUCCCCGUUCCCAGGCACUUCAUGAAACAAGGCUGCAGGGGCGCAGGCAGAUUGCACGUAUGGUUGCAGCCUUGGUGCUGCUCUUCGCACUGUCUUGGUUGCCAAUGUAUGUGACUGAUAUUUGGCUGGACCGUGAGUUGCGGCAUCCACCGGACUGGCUCCUUCAGACCAGGCCAUUUGCACAGUGGUUGGGCCUCACCAACUCUUCUCUCAACCCUUUCUGCUACUGCUUCAUUGGUGACCUUCACCGCUCAGCCAAGGCUUUGCGUUUGCGCCUCUGCGGCCCGUCCCCGGCCUCAGCUCUGGCUCUGGCUUCUCUCCCGAAGAUAUUCCACCUGCAGAAUCAAGAUAAGAGUCAAGCGGGCGCCACCGACAACUCAACCAACUCUUGCGGGGAAGACGUUGGGAAUUUGAAUUUGUCAAUGUGGUGGACUCAAUCUCGCACAUGUGAGUCAAUGAGCUUGCCUUACCACUUGGGAAUGACUGAAGCAAUUACAUUGGAUACAUAGCAGAUCUGAUGCACUGCUGCAGACAGUUGCCUUCAGAUGUGAUGUGCUUUGUGUUUGGUGCUUGUAGAAAACUGGAUUUAAGGGUUAGUUUGCAGAGAAAUUAUUUACUUACUCUCAUUUCGUUCCAAACCUGCAUGACCUAUUUUCAUCUGUGAAACACAAAGGAUAUUUUGUUUAUAUAAUGAAAGUCGUUGGGGUCCAAACCACGUUUGAGUUUCAACAUUGACUUGCAUUGUAUAGAAAAAAAAAUUACAAAGACAUUUUCAGAAUAUCUUCUUUUGUGUUCCACAAAGAAAAAUCUUUCAGGUUUGUUAUGUCAUCAGGGUCAGUAAGUGAUGAUUGAAUCUCUUCAUGUUUUGGAAAAUAACUGGACAAAAAUGGCAGUAAUUUUUUAGAUACCUGUCCGGUUUUGUUUAAGUCAGUACUUCACUGUGUUCUCAAAUGGGAACGGGCCGGUUGUGUCAAUUGAGGAUUGAGUUUCUUUUUAACUGAUUAACAUUUCAUAUUGGAGUAGGUGGAGUUGUAACUCUGUUUAGAUCUGCUGUAAAUGUACUAAUAAUAUGUGAUAAAUAUCUUGCCAUUGAAACUUAUUAUUAGGGUCCAUCAUAGCAAUCCAUGUUGUAAAGGAAUAAAGUGGUUCAAUGCAGAAUGUGUAAGGUCGCGUUGUAAAGCUUCGCCUAGAGCAGUGUCUUAAGAUAAACCAAGUUUAACAUCAUUAAAUUAUCAUCUGAGUUAAACCCAGACACAUAUACGCACUCACACCUACAGUCUUUGGUGAAGAAACACAUGGAAAUGUCGUUCUGUGAACACUAGCAGCUUCUCACCUCUUCUUCUAAAUGCGGAAACCAUCUGCAUCUCAAGUCAUCACCCUCUUCUAAGUGUUAUCGUACUGAAGUCAGAGCAGAAACUCUAAACUACAAUACCAUUCAGAAGUUUGAGGUCAGACUUUUUUUAAAGAAGUGGAUGCAUUAAUUCAGCAAGGAUGCAUUAAUUUGAUCAAACAUGACAAAGAUUCUUACAUUGCUACAAAUAUUUUGUUAUAAAUAAAUCAUGUUCUUUUGAGCCUCCUAAUCAUCAAAUCAUUACCACAAAAAAAUAUUUAGCAGCAUAACAUUGAUGACGUUGUUUGAGUACCAAAUCAAUGACUUUUGAAGGAUCAUUUGACAUUGAAGACUAGAGUAUGAUGUUAAAAAUGUAGCUUCACAAUUACAGCCAAAAAUAAAUUUUAAAAUGUAUUUAAAUAGUUAUUUUAAAUUGCAGUAAAAUGUUAAA